AAAGACAAGUAAUAACAUAACCUUAACUUAGUAUGUUCAAAACCGCAGGUUAAGUUGGUUUACAUUAGUAAUUUUUUAUUAAAAUUGUUGUAAUGCUAGGUCUAAGAGUGAGUAGUUUUAACGAAAAUCUAGGGGAGCCGGAACAAGAUGCUAAUUCAGCAUUAACGGAACUGGAUAAGGGGCUUCGAUCCGGGAAAGUUGGUGAACAAUGCGAAGCAAUAGUUAGAUUUCCUAAGUUAUUUGAAAAAUAUCCAUUUCCUAUCCUGAUAAAUGCUUCAUUGCUGAAGUUGUCCGAUGUUUUUCGUAUGGGCAACAAUUUCCUUCGUCUUUGCGUCUUACGAGUGUGUCAACAAAGUGAGAAGCAUUUGGAUAAAAUAUCAAAUGUUGAUGAGUUUGUCAGAAGAGUUUAUAGUGUUAUUCACUCUAAUGAUCCUAUAGCAAGAGCCGUAACCUUAAGGACGUUUGGUGCUGUAGCAGCUAUUAUUCCAGAAAGACAACAAAUUCAUCAUAGCAUUAGAAGAAGUUUAGAUUCACAUGACAAUGUUGAAGUGGAAGCAGCCAUAUAUGCGGCGAUUCAGUUUGCUGCUCAAUCGAAGACAUUUGCUGUCAGCAUGUGCAACAAGGUAUCUUAUAUGAUCCAAGGACAGGCUACUACUGCUAAUAUGAAAUUACAAUUGAUUCCCAUACUGCAAUAUAUGCACCAUGACACAGCCACUGCCGCUAUGGUUAGAACACUGUGUGUGGAUUUGCUGCCCUGUUAUCCUGCUCAAGAUUUUGUUUUGAUUAUUCUGAAUACACUGUCGAAACUAGCUGCUGCAACACUAGUACAUAUUCCUAACCAGGUAACUUUGCUACUGAAAUACUUAAAAACUGACCCGAGAUGGGAAGUAAAAUCUAAAGCCUUGCAACACCUUUACGAGCUGGCAAUACCUGGUGCUCACAUUUGGCCUCAAGGUGCUGUUGAUGAUUUAAUUGAUUACGUGUUAUCCAGUAACAGAAAUAAAAUAUUGAUGCCAGGACUGUGCGUUAUACAGGUACUUGUAGAGUCUCCACGGCUCUGUUAUGAGAAUAGAGCUUCAAAUACGAAAUUAAGGGAACUUUGCGGAAUUCAUGCGUUUUCUCCUCAUUUUGGAAUCGCUGUCCAAGCCAUACAAAUAUUGACUCAAAUAUUGUGUUAUUGCUUUGGAGAAAAUCUUCAGCCAGACGGUACUGAUGAUGUAAUUACCUCUCUUGAAUCUUUAAUACUAUUAUUGACUGAUUCUGAGCAGAAACAACCUAAACACUUGAAAGUUGCCUUGAAAUGUGCUGUAAGACUUUGCGAAGCACGGCCGGAAUAUUGCGAGACUUUUGUUGAUCUGUUAGGAUGCAGGCUUGAUAACGUUGAAGGAAACUACACUAUUGUAAUAUGUGAGGCUUUGGGGGCAAUUGGAGGACUGAAACCCGAAACAUUACUGCCACAACUUCAGACAAUGCUAAAAUUACUUGGUUGUCUGAGAGCAAUUGAAAGUCCAACCGAUGUUCAAACCAACACGAAAGUUAUGUUGUGUACUUUAUUAUUUCAAUUGUUAUCUGGCUACAAGUGGAAUGAAGAAACUAAGAAUGCCGUUUUCGAAACAGUGGGCAGUAACAAUUUAUGGUCUAAUUACUGUAUAGCAAGAGCAGCUGUGCGAUAUGGCCAUCAUCAAAUAGGCACUUAUAUUUUCAAGCAACUUACAGAACAGGUUAGUUCUGAGCAUUUUCACUUUUGGCUGGCGUGUUUGAAAGAAAUGUCUGAAGCUGAAGCUUUACUAUCCGAUGAAGAUUCUUCUACUCUAGUUACACGACUCGACCAGUCAUCUAUUCAUUAUAAUAAAGCGAUUGCAGCUUUAAAGGCGGCUAGUACUCCAUCACAUAAUUUAACUUUUCAAGCAGAGUAUAUGAGAAUCAGAGCAGAAUUUUUGCAGUGUUUAGCACAAUUAAUAUAUACUUGCAACAUUCUUUGCAUAGUUCCUCCUCCAGCCAUUGCUGCCACAAUUGUCCAAAAUACAAGGGAUGAACAUCAAAGAUACGGCUAUAUAACUAACCAGAUGAGAAAAUGUGUUAAAGAUUUUAAAAAUUGUGGCGAACUGCAUUGGAAACUUUACCAAACGGCUUUUGAUGCCGAUCCAGUCACUCUGGAGAACAUGCAAAUAUUACAACAGAUGUGUGUUCUAAUAGAGCAAUCACUGGAAACCGUAUGCACUAGUGGCUCAAAAAUUCGAGAAGGACCGAUGGAAUUUGGAACUAAAAAUAUUAAGUUAGAAUCUCGUGAACUAGUAAAAGCUUGUGAAAACUCCUUAAAAGGGGCACAAAAAUUGGCAGAAGAUAGUGUAACGUCCACUAUAACCCACCGGCAAGUAGAAAUUCUAAAGAAAAUUGUCGAAAUACUGGCGAACGCCAGACUUCCAGUUCCCCGUUUCUUCUUCCAAAUACUUCAGUCGACCAGCGUCAAACUGGCGAUUUCGCCACAACCGAGAGUUAUGGGAGAAUUUAUAAGCGUUCAGUCGGGCUCUCAACUGGCAGUAAAAGUAGAAGGUGUUAUACAACAUGGCCUGAAAGCCGGAUUAUUCCGAAAUAUCGAACAAGUGGUCAUUAGCGUCACCUCACAGUUGCAGAGCGCCGCAAAGAACAAAGAUAUCGAUCCGAAGGUUUUGGAACACGUUUCAUUGCUGUCUCAAACGGUCACACCCCACAAGGACUUUUUCUCCGCCCAGUUUCUUCUUGGUUUUCCAAGGGGCGGUCAAUAUCUUAUAGUUGUUGAAGCAUCGGUUAUUGAUAAAGAGAGUAAUACGUGGAAAACCGGCCCAAAAAGUUCUCUCACCGUAAAAGUACCAGAGGAGCCAAAGUUCCUUCCAAUAACAGUUCCAGGAAUAACAACAAACUCAAAUAUGAUCUUGAUGCCUGAGGACAGCCUGUUUAUCAAGCCGCAUCAAAAGAAACUGCAAUAAACCUUAUCAUUUGUAUUGAUAAUUGGUAUAGCAUGUGGCAAGCAUUAUCAUCAAAAUAAGUUAUUUAUAAUAAUGGUUUUUCUUAAAUACAUUGUUUUGUAUGUAA